GUCAACUGUGGAAGUAGAAAUCGCACAUCAGCGGCACAGAUUCCUUCGUCCAACAGAAAAAUGGCUUCCGAUGAAACCAAGAACCCUGCAUUGAAUCCGGAUACGGAUUCUCCGGACAAUUUGGGGCACGAAUUGGCUGAAUUCGCAGCUGGAUGCUUCUGGGGAGUGGAGCUGGCCUUCCAGCGUCUCGAAGGUGUCGUCAAAACUGAAGUUGGCUACACUCAAGGUCACGUUCAUAAUCCUGACUACAAAUUGGUCUGCACCGGAACCACCAACCAUGCCGAGGUUGUUCGGGUCCAGUUCGACCGGUCUGUUUGUGCAUACACCAACCUACUCGCUCUCUUUUGGUCCCGCCAUGAUCCUACUACACUCAAUCGUCAGCGUGGCGAUGUGGGUACCCAGUAUCGAUCAGGGAUAUACUAUUACAGUGAGGAUCAAGCUCGUUUAGCAAAGGAAUCGUUGGAUGAAGUGCAGAAGUCUUAUAAAGAUAAGAUUGUGACCGAAAUUCUUCCAGCCAAGAAAUUCUACAGAGCAGAAGAGUACCAUCAGCAGUAUCUGGAAAAGGGUGAACUUGCGGGUUCUAAACAGAGCGCUGCAAAGGGAUGCAACGACCCCAUCAGGUGCUAUGGAUGAUAAAGUACUUAUAGCAUAAACAUAUUACAAUAAAAACCAGAUUCAUGUUGUCUGAUGAUCUUUAUUUGCUUUUAAAUGGAUUAUUGUGUGUUCCUUCAAGAAUUUGUAACUCAUCUAUGCUUAUGCAAUUGAAAUCUUGAAUUUUGCA